CGAGGAGGGAGGGAGGUCGUCUUGUGGCUGAAAACAGUUGCUGGCCUCGUCGUCUGCUGCCGCUGGUCGUGGCUCGCGAAGUAUUUGUGUGGCGACGUGACUGGCGACGUUCCCCGUCGGCGAGGCCCCGGUGACCUGCUGCUGCUGCUGCUGUUGUUGCUGCUGGCGGCGGAGGAGGUGGCCGCGGGCACUGGUGGUUGAGGUGAUCGCUAUCUCCUGCGUCAGUCUUGGCGUGUGGGCGUGUGUACAGCUACACGUGCGUGCGUGACUGUGUCUUGUGCCACGCGGCGGCGACGAACACUCCACACAGCCCACGGGCGACAUGGAGCCCUGCGAGGCUGCGGGCAGCUGUGGCGGCGGUGGCAGCGUGGUGGCGGAAGUGCUGAUGGAGGAGUGGUGGAGGCGGCAGGCGGAGGGCGAGGGGCGGCUCAGGGAGGUGGAGAGCCGCCUACGUGAGGCCAGCGUUGAGGUGCAGCAGCUGCGUGGUGUCGUGGAAAAGUGCGAGACGCGGGGCGGCGAGGAUGGCGUCGCGGUGCAGGGGCUGCGGGGGGAGGUGAAGGCCCUGCGCGCAGCGGUGUGCGGCCUGGACCACCGCAGCACCUUGGCGGAGGCGGCGACGGGGCGGCUGGAGGCCCGCCUGGCCCACCUGAGCGACAGGCUGGCCGGGGCCACGGCGGACACCCAGCAGGCUGUGGCCAGGCUGCUGGCGGCUUUCGCCCGGCGGGUGCUGCCCCACGCCGCCGACGCCGCCGCCGCCCUCCCCGACGAGUGGCUGCUGGGGGCCGCGGAGGCCAAUGGAAACAGCAAUGGACCGACGAGUGCUGCCUCCCAGCCUCCCCAGCUCGCCGUCCCACAACGCCCCGCCGAGGGGGCGAGCGGAGACCCUUCUCACGGGGCUGACGGAGGACACGGCGACGAGACGACGGGCAGCACCGUCGCCACGACCAUUGCCGCAGCGACGGCCCCGGCUGACCCGGCGGCCACGGCCACGCCCGCCGCGGCGGCCGAGGGGCUGACGCUCCCCGCCGACAGAGCCAGCACGAACACGAAGACGACCAGCAACGACGCCACGCAGCACACGACGACGAUAACGACCACGACGACGACGACGACCAAACCGGCCGAACUAGAGUUCGGCAAAGCCUUCCCCGACAACACUUCCGCCGGCAAGGAACGCUACGACACCAGGGAGGAACGGGGCGGCCCCCGGGGCAGGCGGGGCGGCAGAGGUGGCAGGGGGGGCAGAGGGGGCCGCUGGGGCCGCGGAGGCCGAAGCAGGGACAGGCCCGCGCCGGAGACCAGGGAGGCGCUCCCGCCUCCGCCGGGCAUCAGGCACCUGCCGGGCGUCACGCCCCGGCCCCCACCACCACCUCCGCCCCCGCAGGGUGUUACGCACAAGCCGGGCGUGUCCUGGGCUGCGAGGGUCGCCGGUCAGCCGCAGGCGGCGCGGCAGGUCACCAGUGAGCCACGGCAGGCUGAAGAGGCAAAGAAGGUGCCAGAACAGGCCACCAGUGAGACACAGCAGGUUGAGCAGGCCAACAAAAUGCCAGAACAGGCCACCAAUGAGACACAGCAGGCUGAGCAGGCCAAGAAAGUGCCAGAACAGGCCACCAGUGAGACACAGCAGGCUGAGCAGGCCAAGAAAGUGCCAGAACAGGCCACCAGUGAGACACAGCAGGCUGAGCAGGCCAAGAAAGUGCCAGAACAGGCCACCAGUGAGACACAGCAGGCUGAACAGGUCAUCAGUGAGGUACAUAUAGCGGUGCAGGUGACCAGCGAGCCACAGCAGGCACAGCAGGUUAAAGAAGUGUCUAACAAGGUCACCAGUGUGAGACGAAUACCACCGAAGGUCACCAACGAGACUGAAGAGGUCAAAGAGGUGUCUGACAAGGUCACCAGUGUGAGACGAAUACCACCUCAGGUCAGCAGCGAGCCACAGAAGACCCAACACGCCAAGGAGGAGACAGAGAAGGCCACCAGUGAGCCACAGAAGGCACAGCAGGGUCAGGAGGUGCCAGAGAAGGUCGUGAGUGAAGCGCAUUCAUCGGAAGUAGCGUCUGGACCCAAAGUGACCAAAGAUUCCAACAUUAAACCAAAACUGUCGCAAAAGACCAACACUGAAGAAGCUGAGAGGACAGCGGAGGUCACCGAUGGUCCGAAGGCGAAAGAGGUCAGGAGUGAGACACAGCUGACAGAAAAGGUCAGCGAGGAAUCGAAAGUGACAGGGAAGAACAGCAAUGAGAAAAAAGCGAAAGCAAAGGUCAGUAAAGAUCCCAAAGCGACAGAGGAGGUCAGCCAUGAACCUAAGGUGACUGAGGAGGUCAGCCAUGAAUCCCAGGUGACAGGAACGGUAAGAAAUGACCCAAAAGUUAAAGGGAAGGGAAGCGGAGAUGUGCAUGUGACAGAAAAGGUUAAUAAGAAAUCGCAGACGACGGGAAAGAACGGCAAUGAGAAAAAAGCGAAAGGAAAGGUCAACACAGAUCCCAUGACAUUAGAGGUCAGCCAAGAGGCACAGGCGACUGGAACGGUAAGCAAUGACCCAAAACGUAAAGGGAAGGGAAGCGGGGAACUGCAGGAGACAGAAAAGGUCAGUAAGGAACCGCAAGCGACAGGAAAGAACAGCAAUAAGAAAAACGAGAAAGCAAAGGUCAGCAAAGAUCCCAAAGUGACAGAAGGGACCAGCCAUGAAUCCCAGGCCACAGGAACGGCAGGCAGUGACCCGAAAGUUCAAGGGAAGGGAAGCGGGGACCUGCAGGUGACAGAGAAGGUUAGCAAGGCGCAGAAGAGGAAAGGAAAGAACAAGAAGCCAAGAGCCGAGGUCCAGGAAGCGUCAGGCGCCACAGAGGUCGAGAAAAAGUUACACAAGCCACAAACGCUGUCGGACGGGACGCAGCGGUCAGGAGCGGUCACCAGCGGGGCAGAGUGGGGAAAUAAGGUCACUAGUAAAUCAAAGUCACAAGAUAGGGCCACGGACGAGCAACACUCACCAGCAAAGGUCAGCAGUAAACCAAUGUUGUCAGAAUUGGCCACGAAAGGGAGCGAGUUGUCGGACAUGACUGGAAGAGAAGCAAAGGUGGCGGCGCCUGACUCGGCCACGGACGUGCCACAGCUGUCAGAUCUGAGCACAAACGAGGCAGAGUUGCCAGAUCUCGCCACAGAUGAGACAAAGUUGCCAGAUUUGGCCACAAAGGAGACAGAGCUGCCAGAUCUUGCCACGGAUGAAACAGACUUGCCAGAUUUAGCCACAAAGGAGACAGAGCUGCCAGAUCUUGCCACGGAUGAAACAGACUUGCCAGAUUUGACAACGGUCGAAGAUGAGUUGCAAGAUCUCGCCACGGACGAGAAAGAGUUGCCAGAUCUCGCCACGGACGAGAAAGAAUUGUCAGAUCUCGCCACGGACGAGAAAGAGUUGCCAGAUCUCGCUAUGGACGAGAAAGAGUUGCCAGAUCUCGCCACGGACGAAACAGACUUGCUAGAUCUGGCCACGGACGAAACAGAGUUGCCAGAUUUGGUAACGGUUGAAGAAGAGUUGCCGGAUUUGGCAACGGUUGAAGAAGAGUUGUCAGAUUUGGUAACGGUUGAAGAAGAGUUGCCGGAUUUGGCAACGGUCGAAGAAGAGUUGCCAGAUUUGACAACGGUCGAAGAAGAGUUGCCAGAUUUGACAACGGUUGAAGAAGAGUUGCCAGAUUUGUUAACAGUUGAAGAAGAGUUGCCAGAUUUAGUUUUAGUCGAAGAAGAAUUGCCAGAUUUGGCAACGGUUGAGGCAGAGUUGCCAGAAGAGGUCGAUAAAUUGCCACAAAAAGUCACGAGCGAACAAAACAGACCGAAAAAAGUCAACGAUGAAGCACAGUUGUCGAAAAACGAAACAGAAUCGCCAGGAAAGGCCACCAGCGAAAGACACUUGCCGGAAGGGGCCGCGGGGGAGCUGGGGGUCAGGGAUACGGUCCAGGAAGGUCAGGGUCACGGGGGAGCGCGGUCAAAGGGCGGCAAAGGACGGCGACGAGGCAAAAAAGAGGAACGAGGUCAAGACGAGAAGAAAGAAGAAAGAGGCACAGUGGGAGGUAAAGAAGUAGAGGAGGAAAGAAAAGGAGCAGAAGCAAAAAACGAAGGGAGAGUGGAAGAAAACAAGAGAAGGGAGGAAGGAAAGAAGAAUAAACAGGAGGAAAAGAGAAAGGAAGAAGGAUUGAGAAAGAGAAAGGAGGAUGAAAACAAGAGGGAAAGAGAGGAAGGAAAGAGGAAGGAGGAGGAAAAAGAGAAAAAGACGAGGGAGCAGGAGGAGGCGAGAAGAAAGAACAUAGAAGGAAAGGAGAAAGAAAAGGACGAAAGGAUAGAAAAGAAGAAAGAAGAGAAAAAGAAUAAGAGAGAGGAGGAGGAGCCCAGGAGGAAAGAAAAGGAAGAGAAGAGAGGACAGGAGGAGAUAAGAAAGAAAGAAGAGGAAGAAAGGAAGAAGAAAGAAGAGGCAGAGGAAAAGCGAAAGCAAGAGGAGAUAAGGAGGAAGGAAAAAGAAGAAAUGAGGAAGAAAGAGGAGGAAGACUGUAAGAAAGAAAAGGAAAAGAGGAAAGAGGAAAAGAGGAAGCAAGAAGAAGAGGAAGAAAGGAAAAAAGAAAAGAUGAUGCAAGAAGAGAAACGAAAAGAGAAAGAGGAGGAGGAGAAGGAAAGAAGAAAAGAGAAGCAAAAGAUGGAGGAAGAAGAGGAGCUAAAGAAGAAGGAAUUAAUGAAAAUGGAGGAGGAAAAAGAAGUUAAGAGUAAAGAGGAAGAAGAGAAGAAAACCAAAAUGGAGGAAAAGAAGAAAGAGGAAGUAAGGAAGGAAGAAGAGAAGAAGCAAAUGAAGAAGAGCGAAAAAGAGGAGGAAGAAGAGAAGAAAGAGGAGAGAAAAACAAAUACAGAAUGUGAAGAAGAAAGAAUGGAAGAGGGAGAGGAGGAAAAGAGGCGAACGGAGGAGAAGGAGAAAGAGGAGGAAAAGGAGAGGAAAGAAAAGAAUGAAGAAAAUAAAAUAAAGAAAAUAGAACCUGAAGAAAGAGAAAACACAGAAACCUUUGAUAUGAAGACAAAAGAAAAAGAAGUCGAAGACGAAAGUAUGAAGAAGGAAGAAGAAGAGGAGGAGGAGGAGGAGGAGAAGAGGAAGAAGGAGGAGGAGGAGAAGAGGAAGAAGGAGGAGGAAGAGAAGAGGAAGACCUGGGACUACAUGCCUGAAUUACGCCGACAACCACUCAGGAUGGAAGGCGGCGGCGACGAGGCCCAGGAGCCCGAGGUGGGCAUGUGUGCGAACUGCGGCUUCCUGGCCAAGCUGCGCUGCGCGAACUGCCGCCAGGCCUUCUACUGCAAGCGGGAGUGCCAGCGUGAGCACUGGAAGAAGGGCCACAAGGACCAGUGCCAGCCAUUCCAGGUGCAGCACUCCCCCGAGCUGGGCCGCUACAUGGUGGCCUCGCGGGACCUGAAGGCUGGGGAUGUGAUUUUGCGCGAGGACCCGAUCGUGGUGGGGCCCAAGCAGGUGACGGAGCCCGUGUGUCUGGGUUGUUACAAGCGCGUGGACGGCUCCUACAGGUGUGAGCGGUGCGGCUGGCCCAUGUGCGGCCCGGAGUGCUGCAGCGCGGCGGACCACCAGCCGGAGUGCGUGGUGGGUCAGGAGAUCGGCUCGCCCAUAGACAUCAACAAUUUCGACGAGCCCAACCACUUCUACGAGGUGAUCUUCCCCUUGAGGAGCCUCACCCUCAAGAAGCGGUCGCCGCGGCGCUACGAGCAGCUCCUGGCGCUGGAGAGCCACUACGAGGACCGGCUGGGCUCGCACCUCUACGAGCAGAACCAGAAGCGCGUCGUCAACUUCCUGCGCAACUACUUCUUCCUGCAGGAGUUCUCCAAGGAGGAAGUGGACUGCUCGGAGCGCACCAUCCACACGGUGACGGGCAUCAUGGACGUGAACGCCCUGGAGCUGCGGCUGGCGGAGGCGGAGGUGAUGGGGCUGUACCCGACCUUCGCCAUGCUGGAGCACUCGUGCACGCCCAACACGCGCCACACCUUCACGGCGGAGCGCCGCGUGGUGCUGCGUGCCGCCGUGGACAUCCGGCGCGGCGAGCACCUCAGCACCAUGUACACGCACGUGCUGUGGGGCACGGCGCGCCGCGUCCUCCUCAUGCUCAGCAAGUACUUCAUGUGCACCUGCUGCCGCUGCGCUGACCCCACCGAGCUGGGCACGCACUUCUCGGCGCUGCGAUGCCGUGCCUGUCCCAACGGCUUCCUGCUGUCCGCGGCGCCGCUGGACGAGCUGGCGGACUGGAUCUGCGCCUCGUGCAGCGCCACCAUGACGGCGCAGGAGGUGACAGACGCCAACCUGCGGCUGGGCGAGGAGGUGGAGGCGGCGUUGGCGCGGCCGGAGCUGGCCUCGCUGGAGGAGCUGGUGACGCGCCACGCCCGCAGCACCGUGCACCCCAACCACUUCCACUUGUUCGCCGCGCGGCACACGCUGCUGCAGAUGUACGGCCGCGACCCCAGCGGCGCCACGCCCGACCACAUGCGGAAGAAGGAGCGGCUGUGCCAGGACUUCCUCAAGGUGUGCACGGCCCUGGACCCCGGCAUGGCCCGCCUCGGACCCUACGCCGGCGUGGCCCUCUACGAGUACCACCUGGCCGUGCUGGCUCGGGCGCGCGGCGACCCCGACGCCCCACAGAUGGAGACCGCGGCGCUACGGAAGGACAUUGAGACGGCCAAGGCGCUGCUGCAGCAGUGCAUCCGCGUGCUGCAAGACGAGCCCGAGGACCAGCCCGAGGGACGCCUGUGUGCCAUGGCGCGCGACAACCUCACGGAGUUGCGCCAGUGGGAGGCCACCAUCGCGGGGCCCUAAAGGCUGACCCGCGGCCCGCUGGGCCCAUGUGUCCCACGCCCGCCAGGGGGGACAGGCACAGACAGACACACAAAGACAGAGAUAGCCAUUAGCUCUUAUAGUGUGUAUUUGUGUGCGCGCGAGUGCGUGUGCUCGCGCAUGUGUGCGUGCGCGCGUGUGUGUGUGUGUGGCACUGAUUAUAGCGUUGGGUUGUUAUGUUAAUGUUCAAGUGUUUAUGAAUCA